AUGGAGUAUAAUGUGCUUGAUGGUGAUAUGAACGGUCUCGUGCACUUGCAAAACUAUAGUUGUACGUGUAGGAAGUUUGACUUAGAGCAACUCCCGUGCAAGCAUGCUAUUGCGGUAUGUCGGCACUUGAAAUUGAACCCAUACUCAUUUGCCUCUUUGUAUUACACUCGAGCUACAUGGGCAGCUGCAUAUGCUGAAUCCAUUUAUCCUGUACCACCUCAAGGGACAUGGGUUAUUCCCGAAAAUGUCCAAAAUGUAAAUCUCCUCCCUCCUAUUUCAAAGGUUAUGCCGGGCCGUCGUAAGACGCAAAGAAUACCUUCUAAAGGAGAGGACUCGCAAGAAAGAAAAUGCUCAAGGUGCGGUGUGAAGGGCCACUAUCGAAGUACAUGCAAAGAAGCUAUUCCCGUCACUAACAAGAAGCAGAUCAUUUAG